AUGUCCGCUAUAGGCGCCCAACAAGCGACCGCCAGCGAAUCGACCAUGGAGGGCAUAGGUGUCGAGCGUACUCCCCCGGGAGGGUCUCCACUGCCAGCGAGCACGACGACGUCAGCCCCAGGGCCGGCGCCCCCGCACCCGCCGGUCCACAAUCAUAUGUGCGACAUCAUUAGAUCUCUGCGCAAUAAUCUGAACAACCUUGCUACCGGCGUGCAGCGCGUUAUCGAAGGCCCCUACGAGGCCGCAUCAUACUCCGACGAAUUCGAAAACUGCGCUGUCGCGCUCUCUACCUGCCUUCGCGACUUCCACGACGCUCUCGUGCGCGACCCCCUCAUCGUCGACACAGAGGCUGGUGUCCGGGUCCUAAACCUCUACCAAGGUCUCUUCCAUCAACGGCUUAGCGAAGCAGCCAUCCUUCUCGACGACGACGCACUCAUGGACGAGGUUCCGCACACCCGCCCGCGCACGGAAGGCGCCCUCCCUGUCGGCAUCGACGUGCAGGCUGCCCUGACUAAGGCUGUCGAGGACGGCGUCCGUAUGGCCACGUCAGCCAUCAACACGCGACUGUCGGCUAUCGAGGCCCAGCUCGUACUCCGUACUGGUCGACAACGUGCCCCCGCCGCCGACUCCAAUGCUGCUGCCCAUGCAGCGCAGCCUACCACGCAGCCUGCGACACAGGCCCCGAAUGCCCAAUCUAUGGCACAGGUGGCUGCCAGGAACCGCGAAAAGUGCUACGUCCUUCUCAUUACUCCCGAGCAGCAUGCCGCCAUCGAAGCAGGGGGUACCAUGCCCCAAUGGUAUGCCAAGGUCCAUACACGCCUGCGCGAGACCCCCGCGUGGGCGAAGGUACGUUUUCUCGGUCUUCGUUUCGCUGGACCAACCAAGGUCCAAGCGGCGUUCUCGCAUGAUUCCCCGGAUGCGCUCAUCAAGGAGUGUCUCCGGCCCAUCCGUCAUCUGCUGGGCGUGGUCCCACGUGCACCGUCCCCUGCACCGGGCCCUCGAGAGCAGGCAUCUGUCCCACAAGACUUCCGCCCUCUUGCUCCGGUGACUAAACUUUUCAUUCCGAGCUGCCCGCUCCGUCACCCUGACUCGGGAGACAUGCUCACCGAGGAGGAGAUUCUGGCGGAGCUCCGCCGCAACUCCAUGUUUUCCUCCAUUCACUUCAAUGGUCUUCCCGGAUUUGUCGUUCCCCCUGAGCACUGCGAGCAGCUCGGGAAAUCCUCCCUUAUCGUUUCUAUUGAGGAUAUGCACCGCGACUUCUGCGCGCGCAACCUCCUCGGGCGUGACAACCACGGUGACGCCGCUGGCUUUAUAUGGUUUUAUGGUUCGCGCCUAAUGGUUAAGAAGUCGAAAGAUCGUCCCGUAUUCCGUCAGUGCACUCGUUGCUGGCGCCUCACACAUCUCGAAAGUCACUGCAAGAAGCGGGCACAGGUGUGCCGCUUCUGUGGAAAGACUACUCACACGUCCGAUAUGCAUCGGCAGGCCUGCCUUGUCUGCAAUCAUGAGGCUCACCUGGCCGAUCAGCCUUGCGAGUCUGCUCACUAUUUCUGCGUGGUCUGUGGCACCAACGGUCACAAUGCCGCUGACACCACCUGCCCCGCGCGGAAAGAUUACCGCAUCCCCAUCUCGCGCACCAACCCCUCAUCAUGA